AUGAUGCUGCCUCCUCGUGGUGGAGUCUUUUGCCGUGGAAAUGGCUGUCCGUACAGCGAGGUUGGUGUUGUUGGCGGACAGAACAUCAUGGGCCACACCCAGACCGAGGAGGGGGUGGAGCAGCAAGCAAAGGCAGCAUUGGCCAUUGGCAUGGACGCGCUCCUUGCUAGAAAGGAGUUUUGCCGAGGCAUGAGCUGCGUGGACGGCAUGGGCAAGCCCCUAGAUCGCACGAAGGCUGCCUUUGCAGCGCAGUGCAGCCACUUCUUUGCGGGCGGCCUAGAAGGCCACGACGAAUACCGCACAGUCAAACAAGUCUACGACAGCUUCGGGAGCAUCUGUGGGCCCAGGGUGGGCAAUGCAGAAAUGCCACUCUGUCGGGCCUAUGGUGAUGUCUUUGCAGCUGCGCUUGCGCCGCAAAUGGAUGCCAUCACGGUGGGAAGCGCAGAUGCCAUUUGCAACAUUAUGUUUGACUUCCUUCAGGAGCUGAAGCAGGCGCAAGUCGACCUGCAGCUUUUCGAGGGCUCGAUGGACCACCCAGACGCGGCAGGGCCCGAGUCUGAACGCGGGCGCAGGUGGUCCAAAUUUGUUGAAAUGAGCACGCCCAAGCCGCUCAACGAGACGCACGGAAAUUUACUUGCUGGCCUGCAGGUUGGAAAAGACCAGGAGGUCAACAAGUAUGAAAUCACCAUGCCGUCAUGGGACGGGGCUUUAAAGGCUACCACGGUACCCGGUGCUCUUUUCGAUCACUGCGAAGCAGAAAUGAAAGAGAUCAUGCUGGAUGCGCCACAAACAUCCGGGCGCGUGGCAAAGAUGGCCGUGGAUUGGUGCAACUUUCAGCAGCUUCGUGGUGGAGGUCGCUCGGAUUGGUCAGAGCGUACUUGCAUUGGUAUCGGAAAGCUUUUUGGUUUGGCCUUGCGCAACAUCCCAGACCCGCCGCCAUUGGACCAGCCGCCAAUGGUUCUGGCUGGGGCAUUGCCGAAGCCAACUUUCGGCCAACUGUCGCCGACCAUGCCGCCUACGUACACCAUGAUGCCAACUAUCCCUGACCCGCCCAAGUGGGGCGAGCCACCCACAUCCGGGCCGGUUCCGCCUAAGAUGUCAAAGGAACAGAUGCAGAGGAUGCUGGAUCCUGCGCGGUUCCUUCUCCGCCCAGACCAGGUUUGCCAACAGCUCUUCGUCGCCAUUGGGGCAGCCACACGGACAGAAGGCAGUGCAUGUAACCUUAAUGUUAAUGUGUGA